AUGGGUAAUCUUGCACCAAGCAAAACUGUCUACGCUCUUUCGGAGAAGAGCAGGAAACGCAAGCGCGGAUCAUUGUCGCCCAAGAGCCGCAAGGACCCUAGAUCGUCUGUUUCUAACGAUAGCUCGGUUCCCAAACCAGAUGGUGAUAAGAAAAAUAACGCCGCCAACGAGAAUCAACUACCUACAACCAAGGGUAAGAUCCAAGAGAAGCUGGACAUUGCUCUGCAGCUGAACCUCUCCCAGACCCAAUACCACCAUAAAGGCGAUUUGGAGGACGAGUUUCUAAGGGUUGGUCCUCAACCCGCCUGGGGCCUUGAGCGCUUCACCAACCUUGAGAGCGGCGGGUGA